AUGAAAGCAAAGCAUACUAGAAGUAUUUCGGCGUCUGCAGCCUGCCUUCUGCUGCUGCUGCUUACAGGUAUCGAAGCAUUUGUCUUUCAAGCAUCUGCUACUCGCGUGCUUUCCACAAGAAGAACUUUUGGGGAUGCUUCUUCGGCUCUCGCGGCUUCUAAAAAACACGACGAUGAAGAAGUAUCAAAGGAGGAAACCACUACUAGAUCUAAUAAUAAUGGAGUAGGAGUCGGUCGCCGUGGAACUCUCAUGACCUUGCUGGGUACUGCCGUCAGUUUCGCGGCGGGGGACGUGGUUUUUAAUGCCGCGGUCAAAGCCACGGGUGCCGCUGGCACGGCUUUCGUUACCGCGGGCGGAGGACUGUACGAACGAGUAAUUGCCUUUGGCAAUAAAUACCGCGGCGCCGCCAUUGCAUCGGAGGAGCUCACGGCAUGGGUGGCGGCCCAAAAGGUGGCGGCGACGCCUGAAAUUGGGGCGUGGUUGGCCGCCCAAAGAAAGAUGCAAAUGAUUCGAAAAACAGCCACCAUGGCGACGGCGGCGGCGACUCGGACCAGGACCACCACAAAAGCAGCGGCCGGAGGAGCUGUGGAGGAAGGAUUAUUGGCGGCGGCAGCUGCUGCUGCUGUCAAAGCCAUUUCCAGCACAACGGACAGUACUGACAAUAGUACGACAGAACAAACGACCGCAACUUUGGAGGCAACAGGAGAUGCAAACGAAGAGGACAGUAGCACUCUACCUUCCUCAAGCGAUAGUAGGGAGGAUUCGACCAAUGAUGCCAUCGCUGCAGCACCCGAGGAAAGCGAUCCCACCGCAGACGGAAACGACAAGGCCGAUCCCGGUGGUAAUUAG